AUGUCUGACACGCAGCAGCAGGACAGCGCCAAGGAAACUAGCCGCAAGCAUCCCCCCAUCGUGUGCUACAAUGUUGCGGAGCUGCCGCAGGCAAGCGUCGACCGAGCCCUGCUGCAGCGCCUGGCGGAUGGCAAGCACGAGGUGGUGCACGAGCUGACCAUCCCGCCGCGCGACGGGCGCGCAUGGGAGGUCAAGGCCGGGCAGCUGUGGCGCAUCACGUGCACCGAGGGGCCCCAGGUGGCGGACAUGAACGUGUGGGCGCUGCACAACCCCAAAAGGGAGCGCUUCUACACCAGCAAGACGCGGCAGCUGCACGCGUCGCACCUGACCGUGGGGGACAGGCUGUGGAGCGGCUUCCCGUACCUCCGGCCGCUGGCGACCAUUACGGCGGACACCAUCGCAUACGGCAUCGACGGCGACGGCGCGGGCGUGCAUGACGUCAUCGGCAGCAGGUGCGACCCCUACACCAACUGGCUGCUGACCGGCGCCGACAUGAACGUGUGCUGCCACAGCAACCUCACGCGCGCGGUGGCGGGCUGCGGCCUGGGGGAGGAGGACGUCCACGACGUGCUCAACGUGUUCAUGUGCACUGGAUUCACGCGGGACACCAAUCAGUACUUCACAAAGCCCAGCCCGGUGCGCCCUGGUGACUACAUCGAAUUCCUGGCGGAGACGGACGUGCUGGUGGCUGCCAGCACGUGCCCCCAGGGUGACGUCAGCGUGGCCUGCGGCACUGGCAGGGCACCGACGUGCUACCCCCUGGGUGUCCAGGUCCUGCAGCCGUCUGCCGAGGCGCUGGCCGGCUGGAAGCCAACGGAGCCUGUCAAGUAUGGCGGCAAGCAUGGGCUGUAG